AUGGAAGCAACAAAAACCCUCAUUUUUAUGGAUCUAGAAUCAACCGGACUUUUUGACGAUAGCUAUUCUGACCCUUUAAUUAAUCCGGGUCCUCCAAAGGAUUUAACACGUCGAUUGGAAAAUAUUAUACGUUCAGAUGGUCGUCAAAAGCCUCAUAUAACAGAAAUUUCAUUAAUUUCAAUUCCCUCAAAACUUUUUAAAGAAGCUUCAAAACAACUAAAUAAAGAAUUAAAUAUUCGAAAUAAUCAACUUGUUGAUUUUUUUAUUCCAGUAAUUACUAAUAUACAAACUAGACAAAUAAAUCCAAAAUUAAAUUCGACUGAAUGGGCAAAUUAUGAAUUGCUUAGAAUGAAUAAACCGAAUGUGAUCCAACUUCGAAGAGAAGAUUUGGAAUUAAAAAAUACAUUCGCGGAGGAAUGGCCUGGAUUUCACCAAAUGCUUUCUAUAGCACCAAAACCAGCUUGUUUAAUUGCUCAUAAUGGAAUUUGUUUUGAUUUUAGGCUUCUUAUGCAUGAACUAAUUCAAUCAAAUUUAUUAGAAAAAUGGCCAAUUCCUGAAGGGGUUCAAUUUAAAAAUUUUUCUUUUUUAAUUAAAGUAAUUAUUGUAAAUUAA